GGGAAAGAGAUCAGCGCUGACUGGCGCGUGAAGAAGGUACACAUGGCAGAUCAUAAGUGGAUCACGCGGGAACACUGAUACUGUGUCUUGGUCUGUUCUGUUCCUUGUUUUCCAUGUGAUUUAUUCCGCUUGUCUUUUUGCAUUAUCUGAUGACGUAUUAUUUCUAUUUAUUUUUAGACACGUUGUUUUCUUUAACUUUUUCGUAUUAAAAUCAAAUGGCAAAUUGUAGCAUGGGAAAGUCGGAGAAGAAUAGCAAAGAGCUACAUCGAGAGCGAAAAAGAUAGUGAUAAGAAUAAUAUGAAACAUGAUGAUGCUAUAUCGUUGCUACUGACUUUAUUUAAAAUCAAAUGAUAUGAGUAACCCGUAAUGGUUAUUCUAUCGGUUGACCUUGUGAACCUCUUGGGUCUUGGGAGGAGCAGGACUAGGUCCUGAGCUUGAAUCCUACCAGCAGCGAGAAGGAAACUAAUUUAAAUUAAGGCUUCAAAUCAAGUGGAUCUAUAUAAAAAAAAAGGCUUCAAAUAGAGAAAGGGGAUCUGUAUCAAGUAAAUCAAGUGGAAUAAAGACAGAUUAAGCGGAUCACUGAAAAAAACUUGAACUGGAUUACUGGACCACAAGCGUAUUAUGUCUACUGAUUACUGCAUCACUGCUCCUCGUGAAGUUUUAUGCGGGCACUAACUAAAAGGCUUCUGUAUAUAUAUGUUGUUUAAAUGUGUCAGGAGUCGCUAAGAGAAGCAAACACAAGAUUCAUUAACACAAAAUUAAACCACAUUGCUUGAGUUCCAAAAUGUAGUCUUUUUUUCCGUAUAAGGCAUCUCCAUUGGAGCAAAACCAACUCUAUAAUAGAGUUACUCUAUUUUAGUGGGAAUUAUAGAGGAGAUUAUAGAGCACCAUUAGAAAUGGUCUAAACCAAUAUAUUUACAACUAAGCUUUCUUUAAUCACUCAUUCGUUUGCAUCUCAGCUCUAGUGUUUUAUUUACGACUAGUGUUUAAUUUAAACAUCUUCUUUGAUCAUCUAGCAAACUGCUGAAGCUCAAAUUAGGUAGUAGUAACUUAAUAUAAAAGUUAAUUUCACUGGAUAAAAAGGUUUAAACUUGUGACAGUUACAGAGCUGCAACAAUUUAAAGACAAGUUAGUGGUACGUGCGCAAAUCAAAACUCAGAAUUAUUAGAUGGUACGAAAUUAAGAAACCUUUUAAAAACAUUUGAUUAAUUUUACAAGAUUUAAUUUGCGUACUUGCCAUUCAAUGUAGGACUGGUUGUUGUUGAUGGCUCCGCCUCCGCCACUGUCAAAUCCAAGAAAAACUUGAAACUUCGAGUGAAAUGAACCAAUUUAUGUGUCAACACCAGAGAUCAUAAGAUGCAUCAUCCUACUCGAACAUAUAUAGAAGUGCAUGCAAGUGUGAGAGAGAAUCAUCAACUUCAUGGUAAACAAACAAGUGUUCCUAAUUAUGGGAUAGUUACUGCACCCUCUUCUAGGCAAAUAGAGUUUCCACGUUAAACAUCAUUGCUUGACUUUUGUUACUACUAAAUUAAAAAAAUGUUCUUCACCGGAACAAAAAUGAAAACUAUUUAGCAUAAAUAUAACAUAUAACUGCGACAGUGUCUCUCUUCUCUCUUUCUUGCAAAACUUUUAGACGAAAAAAUUUAACUUGUUUUUCUGUUGUAAAAUAUAGAUUUCGAUCGAAAGUUCAUCCUUCCUUCGGCUUUGUCGGCUUAUCUUUUCGUUUUAGACGUAUUAAAACUGUCAAAAACAAAACUUUAUAUAAAAGUUGAAUAUAAAACAUAAGUAUGACUUCCAGCUAAACAAUCAGCAACAGACAAAUUCCAAAUG